AUGAGAAAUCACAAUACGGUACAUGGUGUGGACACACUGGAUCUGGAUGAUGAUGAUGAUGAUGAUGAACCAGAUCUUAAAUCUUUGAAGAAAUCUGCCAUCCCUGGAGUGGUCAUUACACAGUUUGUAGAAGAUAUUCCUAAAGGAUACAGCACACCUGACUUUGAGCAGAAACCAAUUACUGUAACAUUACAGGAAGGUAAAAAUGCCAUUUUCAGAGCUGUGGUCAAAGGUGAACCAAAACCAAAAGUGUUAUGGAAGCGCAAUAAUAGGGAAAUGGAUACUUCUCAGAAAUACCAAAUUUCUUUUAGUUCUGGAACAAAUGAAUUUAUCUUGCAGAUAAACAAAAUAACUUCAGAUGAUGCGGAUUUGUACCGUUGCAUUGCUGUGAAUGAGUAUGGGGAAGCGGCCUGUACUGUUGGUCUCAAAAUUAUAGAGGGCUUCAAGAAGAAAACGAAACUGCUUCCUGUUGCACAACAGGCAGAUCUAAAGAAAGAGAUUCAGGACUUCAGAAAAACAUUAAAGAAACGAGCACCUUCAGCUGCUCCAAAGAAAAAACUGGAUAUGGAACAGAUCGGACAAUUGUUAAUAAAUGCAGAGAAGAAAGAUUAUGAGAAGAUUUGCUUAAAGUAUGGUGUUGUUGAUUUCCGUGGGAUGCUGAGAAAACUUCAGGAGAUGAAGAAAGAGAGAGAGGAUAAGCAGGCUGAAUAUGUGUACAGUCUUGCAAAUCUGAAGCAUGUGAAAGUCAAUAAAGAGCAAAGAAAUGCUUCUUUUGACCUAGAGAUGGAACUGAAAAACCCAGAGAGCAGAAUUUGCCUCUACAAAGAUGGUCAGAAGAUCGAUUUUGGAUUUAAUGAUGACAACUUAAAGCACUGCCUGCAGCAAGAGGGCAAAAACUAUCAUUUUACCAUCAAUGAUCUGCAGCCAGAAGAUGUUGGCAUUUAUCAGAUCAAAGUAGAAGAUGUAGUUAUCUUCUCCACUGAACUGGAAGCAGAAAGCAGCCAAAACCCCCAGCCCUCUGACAAAGGGACUUACACCAUUGACACUGGAAGCUGUUCUUCAAGUACUUGGCUUGAGGUCGAAUCUUCUAAAGGAAAGAGAAAGCAAUCGGAAGAGGACAGUAGUGAUAAAGAUGGACAAUGGAGCAAACCAUUAGAUGAAGAGCAUGCUAAGAAACUUCACCAAGGAGAAAGGCAGAAAGAUCAAGAUCUCCUUGCAGACUUCAGCAUGGGCAAAGAUGCCCAGUAUGCGAAUGGCCAAGAUAGCAGUGCAGAGCUUUAUAGCUGCCUGGAAAAAGAUGGAUCUUUAGGAAAAGAUGGGAAGAUAGGAUUUGAUCAGAAUGCAGUGCUAGACAGAAAUAUCAGAGUAAUAGGUAGUUUGACUGGCAAGGCCCCCCAAUAUGGGAAAGAUGCUAUGCUAGCUUUCAACAUUGAAUCUGAAGGUACAAAUGGAUGGCAAACUUCAGAAGGACAAGUUUCCACACUUAAUGGAGAAGAUCCUGGGGACAGAUUUAACAGAGAAUCAGUUUUGGGCCAAGGUUCCACAUUAGGCAGUGCAGCAGUCAAUAGCAAUCAAUAUAUCAUGUGUGGUCCCGGAAAUGGAUUUGGCAUAGCAGGAAAGGUAGAAGGACUUUAUGACAAGAAGGGUAUACUGAGUAAGUCUGAUCAAUCAGGAGCCAGGUCUGACAGUACUGGAAGUCUCUGUAUUAAAGAUGGUGGGUUACGUGGUGCAGGUAAGCUUUAUUUCAAGGAUAAUAUACUCUCAGAAGUUGGGGAGAGAGGUACACUGUAUAGAGAUGGUUGUGUAAUAGCUGAGUCUAGUGUAACAGAAGGUGAUACAGGAGUUGCAGGGAAAAUUUGUGACAAAGAUAAUCAUUUAGAGGAAGCUGGAGCUAACAGGUUUAGACCUCAGCUUGAUGACACAAAAAGUGGUUGUGGCAAUACUGAUACCACAUCUGGAGAUUGUGAUAGUGGGACAAUGAGUGGGAAUUAUGUCAAAGAUGUAGUGCUAGGUGAAUCUGAAGUGGUUGCUAGUAGAUUUCCCGGUGUUGGAGGAAUAGUUCUCUAUUGUGGGACAAAAGGGAUGUCAGCUGGAUCAGGCAGUGAUAGGCAUAAUGAUGCUAAAAGAAUAAGAGAGCUGAAUAGCAAGGAUGGUAUAAUAGUUGAUGCUGGUGCUUGGGGCAUAAGUGGCAAGAAGGAUAUACUAAGAGGAGCUGUUAGACCUGAUGAUGUUGUGAGCAUAGAUGGAUAUUAUAGUGUGGAUGUUGUACUACGAGGAAUAAGUGCUUGUAACCUUGGUGACUCUAACAACAUAGAUAGACUCUAUAAUAAGAAUGAGGUAUUAGGAAGCAUAGGCGCUGUUGGACAAGAUAGUGCUGGGAGUAUAAGCAAUCUAUAUGGCAAAGGGGGACCUGAAACUAUUAGGGGUAUCAAUGAACACCAUGGCAAGGAAGUUGAAAUAAAUGGAGUUUAUGAAAAGGAUAGUGAGCCAGGGGAAACAAGUGCUUAUGAACUUGAUGACAAUAGGGAGAUAGGCAGACUCAGUGGGGAGAACGGUAUAAAAGGUGAAGAUGGUAUUACUGGAUCUGAUGAUGCUAGGGGUAUAAAUGGACUGGAUAAUAAGAACACUGCACUAGGAAAACCUUGUGGACCAGGUGGUGCUGAGGGCAUAGCUACAGUCUGUGGCAAGGAUAGUGCACUAAACGGAGUUAGUACUGAUAGACCAGGUAGUGGGGGCAUACAUGGGCUAUAUAGAAAAUAUGAUGCAUUAGGAGGACCUGAUGGUACUAGGGGAAUAGGUGGACUCUAUGAGAAGGAUGGUUAUCUAGGUGGAAUUAGUUCUCAUGGACCUGAAAUUAUUGGGAAACUAAGACUGAAUAUUAAAGAUGGUGAGCUAGGGAGAGCAGAGGGCAUUGGUGGACACUGUGGCAAGGAUGGCACGCUAGGUGAAACAGACACUAGUAUAGCUGGUAAUGCUGGUGGAAUAGGUACACUGUAUGGUAAGGGUGCCCUGCUAGAUGAAAUUGGGGCUAAUGAAUAUGGUAAUACUGUGAACAUCGUUGGACCCAGUGACAAGGAUGGCAUGCCAAAUUGCAUAGCUAGUAGAUCCGGUGGUACAGAGGGCACUGGUGGACUCCAUACCAAGGACAGCAUGCCAGGUAAAGCAUGCAGUUGUGGAGUUGGUAGUUCAAGUGGACAUGAUAUGGUUCAUGGCAAAGGUUUUAGUGAUGCUAGGGAUACUGGUAGAUUCUACGGAAAGGAUGAUAUACCAGAUGAAGCAGUUACCGCUGGACUGUCUGGCCAGGAUAUUAUGCCAUGUGGGUUUUAUGCAGGUGGUGGUAGUGCUAGGGAAGUUGGUGGGCUCUAUGUCAAAGAUGAUAUGUUGGGUGCAGUAGGUGCUAGUGGAUCUGGAAUCUUUGACAAGGAUAGCAUGAUAAUCAGUACUACUGAUGAUGAGCUUGGUAGUGAUGAAAGAUUAGCUAGUAGAGCAAAUGGUAUUCGAGAAACACCUGGAAUUUAUGGUAAGGAUAGAAUGUCAAAUGGAUUUGUUAGUCUUGGAGCAGUAUCUGGGCUCUGUGAUAAAGAUGGCAUGCUAAGUGAAUUUGGUGCUAAUGGAUCCAUUGGAGCUGGAAGCACUGCUGAAUUUUAUGGCAAGAACAGCAUGCCAGGUGAUUCAAGUACUGUUGGACUUGUUCCUGUUGAGAAAGAAAGUGGAUUUGGAAUGGGUGGUACACUGGAUGGAGUUUGUGCUGGGAGUAAACUCAAUGGCAAGGGUGAUAUGCCAGCUGUCACAGGCAGGAGGGAACUUGAUGCUAGAGGCAUGGAUGAAUCUUAUAAUAAGGAUGGCAUACCAAGUAGAACAUGCACUACCGGAUGUCAUGGCUCAAUAGUAUGUAGUCUCUAUGACAAGGAUGGUAUUGAGAGCAUUGGUAUGCUUGGUGACAAGGAUAGCAUACCAUUAGGUACAGGCACUAAUAAACCUCAUGGCAUUGGCAAUAUAGAUGGAAACUAUGGCAAAGACAACAUGCCAAAUGUAGUAGACAUUUAUGAACUUGGUGGUGUUGGGGGAGUAGGUGGACAUAGUAUUUUAUGUAGAGGAGGCACAACUGGAUACAUUAUUAUUGAUAGAAUCUAUGGCAAAAACAGUAUACUUGGUGGAGCUGGUGCUGGUGGAGCUGGUAAUAUUGGAGGAAUAGGUGGAUCUCUUUGCAUGGCAGGUGGAAAAGGUGCUGGAUUGUGUGAAAGGAAUGAUAUAUCAAAUAGAGAGGUCUUAGGUAAACCUGAUGGUGCUGGUGAUGUAAGUGGACUUUAUGGAAAAAAUGGUUACCUCAUUGAAAAUGAUGCUGUUGGAGGACUGGAUGAGCUUUAUGGCAAAAAUGGAGUGCUAGGUGGUAGAAGGGGAAUAAGUGGGCUUUAUGGGAAGGAUGGUGCAUUACCUAGCACAAUUGCUGGUGAGAUAGGAUGUAAUAAUGAAGGAAAGUUCAAUUAUCACUAUAACAAAGAUGGUGCACUUUGUGGAGAUGGUACAGGAGUUAGAGGUACUAAUGGAUCACUACAUGAGAAAAAGUCAGACAUAACUGGUGAAGAGUUCCUGGGUUAUGGCCAGCCUCCUGGCCUUUAUGAUGCUGUAUCUUAUGCUGGUGACAGAAGAAGGCAGCUGUCUGAUUUAGAGGCCAGUGGAUCUACACCAGCUGAUCUUGCAAGGAGAGGGAGAGGAGAAAGACUGCUUGAAGAGGACAUGAGAGAAUCACUUUGCCAUUUGAACCAAGGUUUAUUUGAUGUCCAUGCUCAGAGAGGAAAACCAACUGAGUUGUCUUGCACUCUGAACAAUGAUCAGCUCAAGGGAACUUGGUUUAAAGAUGGAGUCAAGGUAACAGGCUCAGGAGGACUCUCCACUGAGAAAAAUGGCCUAGUCCACAAACUGAUAAUAGACAAGGUAGAAGAUAGUCAUGCUGGAAAAUAUAAAUUUGAAGCUGAAGGCAUCUGCACAGAAGCAUCUAUUUUUGUUGAAGAUCCUCCAAAUGUUGACUCCACACUUCUGGAGAAACUGAAAAAGGAACCUAUCGUGGUAAAGGCAGGAAAAAGUACCAUGGUCAAGAUUCCAUUUGAAGGUCGGAAGCCAAUCAGAGUAACUUGGUUAAAGGAUGACCAUGAACUUCUGGAUGAUGGCAGGAUAAACACAGAUUCUUCAGACAACUUUACUCGACUCUCUAUAUCCAGCACCAACCGGAAGGAUACUGGGAAUUAUAAAGUGAAAUUAAGGAAUGAGUGCGGAAGCUCUGAAGCUCCUCUCAAGCUGGAAGUGAUAGAUAAACCACAAUCACCAACAGGACCCAUAGAGGUUGUAGACAGUUCCACAAAUGGCAUAACUAUUCAGUGGAAGCCCCCAAAAGAUGAUGGUGGUAAACCAGUCCAGAGUUAUAUUAUUGAGAGACAACAGGUUGGUAGAAAGACCUGGGUGACACUGGGAAAAACCAGUGGAAGCUGUACUAUUUUCACUACCAACAAAGUGGAACAUGACACAAGCUAUUACUUCAGGGUGAAAGCAGUGAAUUCCUUGGGUACUAGUGAGGCCCUGGAAUCUGAUGAAGUCAUGGCUGCCGCAAAAGCUUCUCCGAGCCCUCCUGCUCCACCUAAAAUUAUCAGUGCCAACAAAGACGCCAUCACACUUUCAUGGUCUGCACCACGUAAAAUAGGGACUUCCCGGAUCUUGGGCUACACAAUUGAGAAACGCAAGAAGGGCAGCAACAUAUGGACAUCUGUCACUGAUUUGCCCAUAACAGACAAGAAAUAUACAGUGAAUAAUUUGAAGGAGGGACUGCAGUAUGAAUUCCGUGUGGCUGCCAUCAAUAAUGCAGGCGUGGGUGAGGCCAGUGCACCUUCAGAAGCUGUUUGUGCUCAAGAUCCUAUGAAACCUCCAGGUCCAGUGAAGGAUCUAAAAGUGGUUAAUGCUGACUACUGUAGCAUCUCCUUAUCAUGGAUGAAACCAGGUUCAGCAGAAGGAAGUUAUGUCAAAGGAUAUAUUGUUGAGAUUCGACACUCUGAUACUCUGAAAUGGACCCGGUGUAAUGCUCUCCCAAUACCAACAACUACAUAUACAGUUAGAGGACUAAAAGCCCGGGAGACAUAUUUCCUACGUGUGAGAGCAAUUAGUGAUGGUGGUCUGGGUGACCCAACUGAAAUUGAUACUUGUGUCCAGGCAGUACCUCCUCCUGGUGGGCAAGAGGCUGGAGAACAAAAUGAUUUGAUUCAAUGUAAUGAGGAUGAGGAGAGAAAGGUCAGUUCCAGUGGAGGACCAGUUUAUCCCAAGUUCUUAGUGAAGGAUACUGUUGAAAGCUUCAUGAAUGUGAAAGCAGGGGAUGCCAUUCAUGUGCGUAUUCCUUUUGAAGCAUCCCCAUCUCCUGAAGCGGUUUGGCUGAAAGAUGGGCUUUCUCUGCCAACAAAGGCCACAAUUGCCACCACAGAAAGACUGAGCCAACUCAUCAUACCAAAAGCUGAGCUUUCUGACAGUGGACAUUAUGGUAUCAGCCUCCAAACUGAGCAUGGGAAAAAGGAAACAUUCAGCUUCCUAGUCCAAGUCCUAGAUAUUCCAGAGUCUCCUGGUCCUAUACAACUCAUUGAGAAGGUCCCUGGGACAGUGACUCUGAUAUGGGAGCCCUCACCAACAGAGAAGAGAGAGAGUAACCUAACCUAUGUGGUCAUGAGAUGCGAUGCCAGCAAAGGAUCAUGGCAAAUGGUGGCUGACCACAUCUACACCAACAAAUAUACUGCUGUAAAUUUUAUCCCAGGUCGGGAAUAUUUCUUCAGAGUUCUGGCAAAAAAUUGUAUAGGGUUCAGCAAGCCUUCUGAAACAGUGAAGCCUUGGACUGUUCAAAAAGAAAAAGAUAAACCUGAAAUCAGACUUCCAAGAUAUAGGGGGAUCAACCGAGCUCAGCCUCCAAGAUUUCUUGUCCAACUGAAACCACAUGUGGUGAAUUCAGGAUUUGACUGUCACAUGAGUUGUGCUGUGACUGGAUAUCCAGCCCCUCAGGUCACUUGGUACAAGGGUAACAAGAAUCUCUCUCAGGAUCCUUCCUUCCUCUGCAAAAAUGAUUUUGGGGUCUGCUCCCUUAUGAUCCCAAGAGUCACACCAUUAGAUGGUGGCCAAUACAAGGUGGUGGCUAUCAAUGAACUAGGCCAAGCAAUCAACAAAGCUGAACUAACUGUGAAAGAACAUACCUAUUAGUAUAGUCUGCACUGAACCAGCUUCACACAGCCUGCAGCAUAAUAAUGGCUUCCUGUAGAAGUAGCUGUGUGACCAAUAAAUACAGAUUUAUUCUUACAUCACAGUUCUGAAGGAUUGGCCUACUUAGUGCCACAAGUAUAAGGAAAACAGCAACUUUUCUUUCCUGCUAUCUUCCACAAUAUGAAAGCUUUCUAAAAUAUGCACACAGUUAUUCCAAAUAGAAGGGACAGCAUCCAAAUAUAUCAUGGACUUCAAUGGAAACUAAUGGAAAGUCAGAAGUAUGAGUGGAGAAGAAUCAUCAUCCAUCAUGAUGGGUCACAGCAACAAAGCCAUUCAUUCAACCAGACAUAACAGGUUACUUAGGUAGAUCCAGAGUGCCGCAACCCCCCCACCCCCAGCAGAAAGUUAUUCUGGAAUUCAAAUGCUUUGGUUCUACCCACAAUGAUUCUGCUGGAAACUAUGAUCUAUGUAUCUUUUAGAAUUUUAAAUGUUUGGAAAACUUUCUUCUAGAAGAAUAGCAAGGCUUAUAAGAUAUAUUUCAUUAGCUUCAAAAGUUGCUUUAGUUAUACCUAACUUUGUAUUUAAUUGCAGAAAGAUUAAAAAGUAAUGGAAGACAAGAGUAUAAAGCGGCUGAAAAUUUUCAUCAGUAUUUUAUUUAUUUAUUUUGAGCUGACAAUGUUAGCUUCAUCAAAAGAAUCAAAAUAAGACUAUGUUUUAGCUGUUUCUGGAGACAGAGUUGCAUUCUGAUUGUUUCCCAAAUGUCUCAAUAAAAUAACAUCCCUUA